AAAGAAGAAAGCAAAAGGGACCAGCAUUAACAAAUUGUGAAGAAAACGACGUCGUUAACUGGAUCUAUUCCUCGGAUGAGAAAGUUACACAUGUUUCCAUCUUUCGCGCCCUACAUUCCCAAAUUCCCUUUCACAAAGCCGACUCAAAUCGCCGUUAGUGUUGAAAUCUUUAGUUGACGCCGGUGAUUAAAAAAUUUGUUAUUGGUUUAUUGCUAUACAAUAGAAUCAUCUUUUCCCGGAUUAAUGUUGAUGAUGAUCAUGGGACGUGGCUUUUCAACUCUAGAUUUGGGGUAAUUGCUGUUUAUAGAGGAAAUUGGAGAUUAUAAGGAUUGGUUGUUGCCAUUAAAUCAGUCAUUCAAAAUGUCUUCAUGUGAGAAUGUGCAAACCAGUGAAGUUGGGAGCCAAGAUCAUCAAAAUGAUGCUCCUGUUGUAAGUGUUGGUUGCUUGAGACCUGAUGAUGGUGUGGAGGAGGAGGCUGAGGAAGAAGUGGAGGAUGGUGAGGAUGAGGAAGAAGAUGUAGAUUUCAAUCCCUUUUUGAAGGAAACACCUUCUCUGGAGGCUUCUUCUAGUUUGAGCUCUGAAAUUGAGGGUUUAGAUGGUGAUACUGUUGAUAGUAGAGAAAAUGUUAAUGUUACUCCAGAUGUCAAUUCAUCAAAGAUUAAUAAUAUGUUGCGAAACUCUGAUGUUGGAGAUUCUGAGCACUGUGACGAGGAAAUUGUGAUGCAAAGUACUUCCUCCCAUGAAUUGCAAAAUAAAGUUCCCCAGAAAAAUUACAAGAGGGAAGCUGGAUCUAGUUCUCAAUUGGAAAGAGAAAAGGAAAGUCAGUUCAGCAAUGUAAAGAAUAAUAUGGUUGGAGACUUGAGUAAUGCUACACAUUCCCAGAAGAUAAUAAUGCAUUUGAUUGAUGAUGAAGAUGAUGCUAUCUGCAGGCGUACUAGGGCUCGUUAUUCACUUGCCAGUUUCACUCUCGAUGAACUUGAGGCCUUUCUUCAGGAAACAGAUGAUGAGGAUGAUGUUCAAAAUGUUGACGAUGAAGAGGAGUAUAGGAAAUUUCUUGCAGCUGUUUUGCAAGGUGGAGAUGGCGAUCACCAGUCAACUCAGGAAAAUGAAAAUGUUGAUGAUGAAGAUGAGGACACUGAUGCAGAUUUUGAAGUAGAACUUGAGGAGGCACUUGAGAGUGAUUAUGAUGAACCUACAUUGGAAAAGACACAGGCAGAGGAAAAUCAGGGAGCUGGUCGACGUCCAGAAACAAGGCAGAACAGACGGCAAAAAGCCUCUGCUCAGUAUGAAAGAAAGCUUUUAGAGCAGACUAAGAGGCCAUUGCGCCCCCUCUUACCAAUCUUGCCUAAUGAACAAGUUACACCCAUACCUACUCUUAAUGGGAAAACUUGGAUGCCUGAGAUUUAUAAGAAUUGUGUAGCUUCUGCAGCAGUAGAUGGUUUCAUCAAUGGGUUCACUCCAUAUCAAAUAGGCCAGUUGCAUUGCUUGAUACAUGAGCAUGUGCAACUUCUUAUUCAAAUAUUUUCUCUUUGUGUGCUUGACCAUUCUCGGCAGCACAUUGCAUCUCAAAUUCAGGGUUUGAUUCUCGAGAUGCUUCAAAAACGAGAUGAAGCGAUAGCUUGUAAAAGAAAGCCAUAUCCUGAUUCUUGUUUCAAGCCUCCAUAUGUCUCUUCGUCAGUGCCAAAUGAGGUCCCCCUUUUGUGCCCCACAAAGAACACCCCUGAAACAUCUACAUCUAAUGCUAAUGGAGUCUGCUUUUCCCCAAAUACACAGCUGCCUGAUGCUCAAAAUAUUUCCAGUCCUGGAAGAAGAUAUGAACAUUCUGAUGUGCAGUUGUACUCUUUCUGGGUGCCUUCUUUAAGCAGCCCAGUGUUAUCCAUUCUUGAUGUUGCUCCAUUCAAUUUAGUUGGAAGAUACAUGGAUGAUGUAUAUUCUGCUGUCCAGGAGCAUCGACAACGUCACUUGGAGAGUAGUACUACACAAUAUGAAAAGGCACCCCUGUUCCCUCUUCCUUGUUCUUCAUCUAUGAUGGAAGCUAAUAAUGAAGCAUCAAGAAGCAGUGCUUCACCAGUUGGCUGUUUAGGGCCAUCAUCAGUCUGUCAGCCUCCGGCUAAGAAGACAUUGGCUGCUACACUUGUUGAGAAAACAAAAAAGCAGUCAGUUGCCUUAGUCCCUAAGGAAAUUGCGAAGUUAGCACAGAGAUUUUUUCCAUUGUUCAAUCCAGCAUUAUUUCCCCAUAAGCCACCUCCUGUUGCAGUUGCAAAUCGGGUUCUUUUCACUGAUGCAGAGGAUGAAUUACUGGCAUUGGGCUUAAUGGAAUAUAAUUCAGAUUGGAAAGCAAUUCAGCAACGUUUUCUUCCUUGCAAAUCUAAGCAUCAGAUUUUUGUUAGGCAAAAAAAUCGAUGCUCAUCCAAGGCGCCAGAAAAUCCUAUAAAGGCAGUCCGGAGAAUGAAAAACUCUCCUUUGAAUGCAGAAGAGAUACAAGGUAUUCAGGAGGGGCUUAAAGCAUUUAAACUUGACUGGAUGUCUGUCUGGAAAUUUAUAGUCCCACACAGGGAUCCAUCCUUACUUCCCCGGCAGUGGCGCAUAGCCCUUGGAACUCAGAAGUCAUAUAAACAAGAUGCAGCCAAAAAAGAGAAGCGGCGACUCUAUGAAUCUGAAAGACGAAAGCGUAAAGCUACCAAUUCGACUAAUUGGCAACAUGCAUCUGAUAAAGAGGACUGUCAAUAUACUGGUGUAGAGAAUUGCAGUGGAGAUGAUGACAUGGAUAAUGCAGAGGAGUCUUAUGUUCAUGAGGGAUUUUUAGCUGAUUGGAGGCCGGGUAUUUCCAAGCUCUUUUCACCUGAACAUCCUUGCUCGAUCAUUGGAGACAAGAACCCACCUAAUGAUAUGCUUACAGAAGAGGGUGCAAAUGUCAGAGAACAGUCAAAUAGCUAUAUGUCUGCAGUCACUCGGCCCUUGAGUGGCCAUAAUCAGGGAUCUGCACAUGUGUUGAACCAUUCUCAGCCGCCUUACACCUUUUCUCAUUGUGCAUCUAAUGCAUUGCAGCCAAAACACCCUGUUCCUAAUAUGAUAUUCAAUACCUCUAAACCUCAAAUAUAUUUACGGCCAUAUCGAUCUCGUAAAUCCAACAAUCUAAGGGUAGUGAAAUUGGCACCAGACUUGCCCCCAGUAAAUCUACCACCAUCUGUUCGUGUAAUCUCAGAAUCAGCUCUGAAAUUCAAUCAAUGUGGAGCAUACGCCAAAGUUUCUGCAACUGGAAAUUGCGUUGUUGAUGCUGGAAUAGUAAAUACAGUUUCUCCGUUUUCAGGUUUUACUAAACCAUUGGUGAAUAAAAGUGAUAAAAGCAAUCCAAUGGGAGAUAAUGUCACAAAUUCUAACUCAGAAGAAUCUGGGGUUGUCAAGGACAAAAGUGUUGCAAAAGAAAGUACUCAUACUGAUCUUCAGAUGCAUCCGUUGCUGUUCCAGGCCCCUGAAGAUGGACAAGUUCCAUAUUAUCCACUGAAUUGUGGAGCUGGUGCAUCCAGUUCUUUCAGUUUGUUUUCCGGGAACCAGCCCCAACUAAACCUAAGUCUCUUUUACAAUCCACAGCAAGCUAAGAAAAUGAAGGAAUCUGUUUCAGGAUCCUAUGGCAUUGAUUUCCACCCGCUCUUGCAAAGAACCGAUGAAACAAAUAGUGAACUAAUUACUUCGGGCUCUAUUGCAUCUCCAUCUGUUGGUUUGGAUGGCAAAUCUGCUGCACCUAAUCCUUCCAAUGCUGUCCAGAUGAGACCAGUGGUCCAUUACAGCCCAUUUGCUGCUAGAUCUAGGCCUUCUAGUCCAAAUGAGAAAGCUAACGAACUAGACUUGGAGAUCCAUCUUAGUUCUUCAUCUGCGAAAGAAAAUGCUGCAUUAUGUAGGGGUGUGACUGCACAUCCUACAAACUCAUCAGUUAGGUUACAAAAUUCUCAUAAUGCAACAGAAACACAGGACACUUUCCAUUCAUCAGGCAACAAGUUUGUUUCUGGUGGCUGUGCAUCUACCAUAUCAAGCAAAGUCAUUGGCAGAUACAUUGACGAUGGAAGUGACCAGUCUCAUCCUGAGAUUGUGAUGGAACAGGAAGAGUUAAGUGACUCAGAUGAAGAUGUUGAAGAACAUGUGGAGUUUGAGUGCGAAGAAAUGGCUGAUUCUGAAGGAGAAGGAGAUUCAGGCUGCGAACAAGUAUCGGAGAUGCAAGAUAAGGAUGCCCAAGGUUCCGUGACACGAGAAAUUGUGAUGGAUGAAGAUUGUAAUGAUCAACAAUGGGAAUUAAGCAUCCAUGGCAACAAGUCACAGAACAAUGUUUGUGAUCCUGAAAGCAGAAGCCCUUCUUUCUUGAAGACGGGUUCCACAUGUCCAAAGAAGGAUAAAAGCAGUUCCUGGUUGAGCUUAGAUGCAUCUGCAUCAGGACGUACUUCACGUGCAAAACCUAAGAAUGAAGCGAGUACAAUCAGCAAAUGCACUCCUACUAAAACUUCGGCUUCACAUCGUACCACCAGACCUUCAAAGCAGGCAACACCAAGCACAAGAAAAGUUACACUACAGGAGCAUGCUGUAGAUAUGGCAGAACAACUCAGCUUGGGUCCUCUAUCAGCUUCAACAUCGAGGAAACCAAGAAAACGUACAUGUCGGGCAAAUAAAAUAACAAAUGUUGGUACAAGUUUAGGGAACUCAAAAAAAGAUGCGAAAGACAGUGGUUAGUUAAAGUGACAGAUUUAUUGCUGGUAAUGGUGAUUGAGUUGCUUAUAUUCCCCCAGCCGAGAUUUUGUUUUUGUAUGCUUGCUUCCGUGGCUGAAAAGAGAGCCCCCAGCAGAGAUUUUGUAUCUCCACUGCCUUCACUCUUGCUGUAAGUUGUAAGUAAUUUUGCAAUGGCAUUGGAAGAUCAAAUUCCCAAAAUUUUUGUUUUGUAUUUAUUAGUUUUGCAUAUAAAAGGAAAAUGCCCAUUCUCUUUCACUUUGUAGAGUUAUUGAGUAAUUAGUAUCUUCUUGUAUGCUUCCAGAAUCCAUUUGUCACCAUGUCUUGCUCUCUAAUCUAACAAUGUGGGUGUCCUGAAAACCAUCUCUUUCAGACACCUUAGAGAUCGUAUCGAUUCGGUAAAGAACAUGCUGAAGAUUACCUAAGCCAUAAAGCUUGUUGCUGCUGCUGCUAAAGUCAGGAGAGCUCAAGAAGCUGUGAUCAACAACAGACCUUUCUCCGAGUCUCUCUAAUGGAAGUUCUUUACGACAUCAACGAACCACUCCGGAGUGAAGACAUUGAUAUUCCUCUCACAAAUGUUAGGCCAGUCAAAAAGGUUGCCCUGGUCAUUGUUGCUGGUGAUUCGUGGUCUUUGUGGAGGUUUGGACAAUACAUUCCCCGAUCACGUCCAAGAACAUGUGUGAAGGCAAUUAAUCCCUGUUUUUAAAAUGUAAGAUUUUUACCAAAUGUACAUUAUAAAUGUUCAUACAAAAUCUUGAUACAGACUUGAAAGUUUAGGGCUGUACAAACCCUAUUAUGGUGACGUGAACCAUAGGUAAACGACAUCGUGGGUUGGUGUUCAACAUCGUUUUGAUCAUCCAUUGGUAAAAA